AUGGGAGAAGCUCAAAAGGGCUUACUCUCUGUCAUAGAGAAACUGAAGGGAUCCACAGAGCAGGAGGUCAGGAUAGUGCUACUGGGGUUGGACAACGCUGGCAAGACCACACUGCUGAAAAGCCUCGCCUCUGAGGACGUAAACACUAUCACACCAACACAGGGCUUCAACAUAAAGAGUGUUGCCUCUCAUGGCAUGAAGCUCAACGUUUGGGACAUUGGAGGACAGAGGAAGAUCAGGCCCUUCUGGAAAAAGUACCUGGAAAACACAGACCUGUUGAUUUAUGUCAUUGACAGUGCAGAUAAGAAGCGGUUUGAGGAGACGGGUCUGGAGCUGUCUGAGCUGAUCGAUGAGGAGAAUUUAAAGGGCGUUCCGGUGCUCAUCUUUGCCAAUAAGCAGGAUCUGGCCACAGCAUCACCGGCCAGCGAGAUUGCCGAGGGACUGAAUCUGCAUACAUACCGGGACCGCGAGUGGCAGAUUCAGGCCUGCUCAGCUGUGUCAGGGGAGGGAGUACAGGAUGGCAUGAACUGGAUCUGCAACAACAUUGUGAACAAGAAGAAGUGAACCAGCAUCUCAAACACCAC